UGGAAGGUAGUUUCCUUUUUCAGUGUUGCCAAAACCCUUUCAAAGCCCUAAUAGGCGAGGAAAAUACAGGCAAUGACCUCUUCUAUGGCGGUUCAGAGCUCCAAUCCCCGCGAAGCAAAACCUUCAAAGAACGAUCUCAGUUCUCACUUCUUCGUAUGGAGAGAGUUUGUGUGGGGAGCUGUUGCUGGGGCUUUUGGGGAAGGAAUGAUGCAUCCAGUUGAUACCAUUAAAACCCGAAUACAAAGCCAAGCUAUUCUCGCUGGAGUUCAGAAUCAGAAGAGCAUAUUGCAGAUGGUGCGACUUGUCUGGCAUGAGGAUGGAAUAAGAGGCUUUUACAGGGGUGUAGCACCUGGCGUUAUUGGGUCUCUUGCAACUGGUGCAACAUAUUUUGGUGUUAUAGAGUCCACUAAAAAGUGGAUUGAGGAUUCACAUCCUAGGCUUAAGGGCCACUGGGCACAUUUCAUUGCUGGAGCUGUUGGAGAUACUCUUGGUUCUGUUGUAUAUGUUCCAUGCGAAGUGAUGAAGCAACGCAUGCAAGUGCAGGGGACAUAUUCAUCUUGGAGUUCUAUCGCCAUGAAUGAAGGCAUUGCAAUGAAUUCUAGCCAAAAACUGUAUGGUUAUUAUACAGGGAUGUUCCAUGCGGGCUGCUCAAUAUGGAGAACACAGGGCUUAAAGGGUUUAUAUGCAGGAUAUUUCUCUACUCUUGCAAGGGAUGUUCCAUUUGCUGGCCUAAUGGUCAUGUUUUAUGAAGGUUUGAAAGAUGUUACUGAAUAUGGGAAGCAAAGAUUGACAUCCAACUCAAAUUGGCAUGUCAAUAACUCGUUUGAGGGACUCGUUUUAGGAGGAUUAGCUGGUGGUCUUAGUGCAUAUCUCACCACCCCGUUGGAUGUAAUCAAAACAAGAUUGCAAGUGCAGGGUUCAACUUUAAGGUAUAACGGUUGGUUGGAUGCAAUUUGCAAUAUAUGGGAAAAGGAAGGCAUGAAGGGGAUGUUCAGGGGUAGCAUCCCAAGGAUUUCAUGGUACAUUCCGGCUUCUGCACUUACAUUUAUGGCUGUGGAAUUUCUCAGAGACCAUUAUAAUGAAGGAGCCACUGACAAGAAGGUGCAAGAAGUUGCAAGACUAUCAGUCGACAAGAAGAAACCAAUGCAAGAGGUUUCUUAGAUCAACUUGUGGUGGGAACCACAUUUACUUCCCAUCAAAAUUUUUACAGAAGAUGGGAGGCUGUACAUCUGAAUUCUUAGACAUUCUCAUAUUUUAGACCCCCCAUUUUUUUGAACAUGCAAAAUUUAGCUUCUACAUCAAAAUUUUGGCUUUGUUGCUUUGGCUUAUAUUCAAUAAAACUAGGGUGGGGUGAGGGACUCGCAUCUUCUGAAGUU